ACGAGAAACCCCCUAAAAGAUAACAAAGAAGAGCUGCUGUUAAACAUUAGAUUAUUAUUUUUUUGGUUUUAAAACUAAAAACAACACAAAUCUGCAGAUUUGAGGAUGAGGGCGCAGAUCCAAAAAGUUCCUCAGAUUGUUGAGUUGCUGAAAAAGAAGUCUGUAGGGCUGCAGCACUUCAAACCAACAUCCUCAGUGUGCGUCCUGGAGGAGAAGGAUGCUGUGGAGGCUGCGCGGUGCCCUCACGCUGCCUCCGGAGCGCACAGUCUGGACGCGAUCCCGGGACCCACCAACUGGCCCCUCGUCGGCAGCCUGGUUGAACUUCUCCGGAAAGGAGGCCUGAGAAGACAACACGAGGCACUGGUUGAUUAUCACAAGAAAUUCGGCAAGAUUUUCCGGUUGAAGCUGGGCUCCUUUGAGUCAGUGCACAUUGGCGCACCUUGCUUGCUGGAGGCGCUCUAUAGGAAGGAGGGAAGUUACCCUCAGAGACUGGAGAUCAAACCCUGGACAGCAUACAGAGACCUGAGAGACGAGGCGUACGGACUCCUCAUUCUGGAGGGGAAAGACUGGCAGAGAGUGAGGAGCGCUUUCCAGCAGAAACUCAUGAAACCGACAGAGGUGGUGAAGCUCGAUCGCAAAAUCAACGAGGUGUUGGUAGACUUUGUUGGCAGAAUUGGGAAAAUUAACGCCGGCGGGAAGAUUGAAGACUUGUACUUCGAGCUGAAUAAAUGGUCGUUUGAGACCAUUUGCCUGGUCCUCUAUGACAAGAGAUUUGGUCUCCUGCAAGAGAAAGUCAACGAGGAAGCCAUGAACUUCAUCACGGCCGUGAAAACAAUGAUGGGCACCUUUGGCAUGAUGAUGGUCACACCGGUGGAGCUCCACAAGAGCUUUAACACCAAAAGUUGGCAGGACCACACUGCAGCAUGGGACCGCAUUUUCAGCACAGCCAAAGUCUACAUUGACAAGAAGUUGAAGAGGAACGCCAUCAGAGCUCCCGAUGACUUAAUUGGUGACAUCUUGCACCAGAGCAAUCUCUCCAAGAAGGAGCUGUAUGCAGCCAUCACGGAGCUACAGAUUGGAGGAGUUGAGACGACCGCCAACAGUAUGCUGUGGUUUAUUUUCAACCUGUCACGUAACCCUGCUGCCCAGAGGAAGCUGCUGGAGGAGAUUAGAGAGGUGGUGGCUCCCGACCAGGACCCAUGCGGAGAGCACAUCAAGAGCAUGCCCUACCUCAAGGCCUGCCUCAAGGAGUCCAUGAGGUUAUCGCCAUCAGUUCCCUUCACCAGCAGGACUAUGGACAAAGACACUGUGUUGGGAGAUUAUGCGAUUCCCAAAGGAACAGUUUUAAUGAUAAACAGUCACGCGCUGGGGUCCAACGAGGAGUACUUCGACGAAGUGAAGCAGUUCAAACCCGAACGCUGGCUGCGGGAGAACUGCACCACCAACCCUUUCGCCCACGUUCCCUUCGGCAUCGGAAAAAGGAUGUGCAUCGGCCGGCGGCUGGCGGAGCUGCAGCUACAGCUGGCCAUGUGCUGGUUGGUCAGAGACUAUGAGAUUGUGGCGACAGAUAAUGAGCCGCUCAAGGUCAUUCAUUCAGGACUUUUGGUUCCCAGCAGAGAACUGCCUGUUGCCUUCAUCAGGAGAUGAGGCUUCAUAUUCAACUCUCCUGGACAUAGUGACAGAAAGACGAUCCCUCUGUUGCCAUGGCCCCUGAUGGUCCAGUGACUCCCUGUAUUGCUGCUCUGUAAAUAGAAAAGACAGAAAUUAUAAUCCAUAUAAUCACGCCAUAAAUACCUCAAACGUAUUUAGUACUAUUACUUAGGACUGUUAACGACCAAAACACCAGUUGAUAUGUACAAACUGAAUGUUGUACAACCAAGGCAGCUGUCCUUAAAUCUUAAUGUCCUCAGACAUGUGUAUGUAAAUGUCAAUCUAUUACUUUUUGCUUUUCCUUGUUUAAUAACUUAUAUAUAUAUAUAUAUA